AACAUAUGACACGCAUAUAACGCAAGGUGUUUAAAGUUUAAAGUUCAAAGCCAAAACAUCUUUUGUUACUUAACCAAAAAAUCACCAAUAAAACGUACCAUAUACCAUAGUGUUGAAUUGGACUGGGAUAAAAUGUUAUGUUUUUGAAUGUAUGCGUCCCUCUUGUGAAUUUUGGUCUGUGUUAUUAUCGAGUUAACAUACACUAAAUAAAAACAAACAAUCAUAAAAAGCGCUUAUCCUAGAUUUCUAAGACAACCCGCUUCGCUGAGCCCUCUCGUGGCCAAUUACGUCACUGCACGCGCUGUCAUCCCUGACUCGACCAAUGAGCGCGGCGCCUCGGAAGUCCUUCUCUUCCUGAUGGCAUGGAAACAGGGGAAGAAAAAUCGAGGUCAAAAUAUUUUGACACGUGACUCGGUAGCGAUUGGUUAUCGAUGCGUCAAGACCCUGACACAUGGCACGGGCAUAUGCGACCAAAGUGGCGUGAUGAAGGAUCAUCUUUAUGGAAGAAAACCCGACGUGCUUUUUGGUUGUCUGUGUCUGUAAACCAUGAGUAGAUGUAACCGAAAAUCACUUCGUUACUGUAGCUCAGUGAAUAGACGAAUUAGGCGUUUAUGUGGGUAGAUGAAGGGUAACGCCAGUAUUGACGUAAUCUGUAGAGAAACGCUGAUCUAGGAGCGAGUGAGUGCUCCCCCGCAGCAACCCCAUCCAAGAAUGAAGGAAUCCUCUGCAUUUCUUUCUCACCGCGCAAAACGUGUAUUCAAGCGCCCGAGUCUGCAAAUACACUUCGCUACGCGGAUAUUACGCUGAAUGUGGCGUUGAAAUGUCUGUCUUUAGAUGCACUAUUCAUUAGCUAUUUGUGCGCAUUCUUUUUAACUGCCUGGCCAUACUGACUUGACCUGAACUAGUUAAAAUUUCCCAAUUGGAAAGGGCGAAGUCUGCACAGCAACAAGAGCCAUGUUUGCGUUGCAUACUGCCUAAGCAUCUAGUGCGCUUCUGGUCCAAUUGCUGAUGCUUUCCGCCUGCAAAAUCUGCCACAGCCGUAGUAAUACCUUGACAACUGGACCCGGGCGAACCGAGAAACAUUUUUGACAACUCGACGGCGGGGAAUCUUUUUUCUAAAUCAAUGCUUGAAGUUUGUUGGACAAGUCCUCGGAUAUUCCUGCACGAAACUUCUUAUGCGGCAAUUAAAAAUGAAGUACUGGUGCGCUCAGGAGUCUUCAUCAUCAGGCAAUCUAACCUACUAUAUUUGGUUAACCUGUCGUGCCUCUUCCACAGAAUCGCUUGCAAUGCAUUGAAAAAUAUCUUCUGAUCGAUGCAGAUGAUGUUGAUUCUUUAAAAAAAAAAACUGCACGCUAAGCUUCACAUGGAUGCAGUUUUUCUCAUUUUCAGCCAAUUUGGUUCUAUUAUGUAUUCACUGUAGACUCGUAACGCAUUCUGCAAAAGCAAACAUUAUAUUUGGUUUAUUGCGCGUAAUGUAGAUGAUGUCCAAAAUGAUAGUGGCCAGCACUGAGUGCUCUAGACUUCACAAUCGGUGUGGGAUGCACGAGAAAGACGCCUGCCAAGAUGAUGAAAGUUGCACUGAUGUGUCAUGCCACCGACAAUCUUUCAUAUUGAUGUCUUUUUCCACUUUAGGAUACGAUGGAGCUCUUGGAGGAGGACCUCACAUGCCCAAUAUGCUGCGGUCUUUUCGAGGAUCCGCGCGUUCUGCCGUGCUCUCACAGCUUCUGCAAGAAGUGUCUGGAGGGCAUCCUGGACGGUAACCGGAGCCCUGCUUGGAGACCGCCGUUCAAAUGUCCGACCUGUCGAAAGGAGACCGUGCACAACGGCAUCGCGAGCUUGCAAGUCAAUUACUCCCUGCGUGGCAUCGUGGAGAAGUACAACAGGAUUCGAGUGAUGCCAAGGAUGUCUCUCUGCCGAGUUCACAGUGGACAGCCGCUCAACAUCUUCUGCGCCACGGACCUGAAGCUCAUCUGUGGCUUUUGCGCCACGACAGGCGAUCAUAAAGGACACAAGUUUUGCGCGCUGGAGGAGGCGUACGAACGCGAGAAGCUCGCGUUUGAGGAGUUGUUGCGUGUCGUGGAGGGCUGGAGGGGCGCGGAGGUGCAUUCGUGCCUGGAAUCGUUAGAAGGAGCGAAGAGGAAAGCGCUGGAGAGGGUCUCGCGGGACGCGGAUCGAGUCUCAGAGUACUUUGACAAACUUUUACGCACGCUGGAGCACAAACGGAGCGAGAUCCUCUCGGACUUGGAGACUCUGAAGCUCGCGGUCAUGCAGACCUUUGACCCCGAGAUCAACCAGCUCCGCUCGGCGCUCGAGGAGCAGCAGCGUGCGCUCAGCAUCGCCGAAUCCUUCCGUUCGCUCUCGGACCCGCUCACUUUCCUCCAGCAGAUGCAGGACUUCAGGGAAAAGCUGCGCGUCAUUCGGGGAACGCCGGUGCCGUCGCGGACUGACGUGGACGUGGGGUUGCUUGGCCUGCAGAGCUUCGAUGUGAAGGAAUGGGACCGGGUGCGUCUUGGAGAGGUGGACAAGCUGUGCGCCCCCUACGAGAGCAGCACCUACCUGGUUUCGCUGCCCCCUGCUGCCGCUCCGCGCUACUCCCGCGUGCUGUGGAGAGUUGUUCUGGUUGUAUGUGCGUGUCUCCCAGCGCUGAACUUUCUCCCGUCGGACUGUCUCGCUCUGAGCUUCCAGGAUAAGGUGGUCGCACUCGGUGGCUUUUCUCUGCCCUGUCCUGGAGAGAUUGUGCGCUGGCUUGGGUUGUGCUGGAACGAAGCGGAAGCGAUCUGCACGCUACUAACCGAGCUGUGUCGGAACUGUAUCAUGGACCUGAUAAACACAACAUCAGAUUUCCUCAGCUGAUUUUACAGUAUAACGCCAUUCAUUAGUUUAGGAAACGCCAGUAUUGGAAAUUAACUGGAAAAAAAAAACUAAAGAAGAGGAACACAUUCCGAUUGUGCAUUGAUAUCGUUUAUCUACUCAGUGCAAGUUAUCAGGAGACGCAAGGUUAAACGUUACGUAACUGAAUGUCAGUCUAGUACCAGGACAGUCCCAGGAAUUGAUGCUGCAGCACAUCACGGCCUGCAUCGCUGUAUCACCACAAACCAUUCUGUGCUGCUACACCAUCACCUAGAGAGUGUCCCUCUCUCUCAAUCACACACUCACACCCUCGGCAACAUGACCAAGCACUGCCAGAAUCACAGAGCGAGCUGGAUUUUCUGCAGACACACCUCUCAGCAACUUUCAAGCAUUAUACUGAAACCGGUCCUCUGGCAACUCCAUCAGAAAUAAUGAUAUUAAAGAAAACAAGAAACUAGCACUAUUGUCUUCUAGACCAGACUGGAUUUAACCUCCAAGAUGGUGAUUCAGCACUGACAACAUCCAGCCUCGUAGUCAUCUUCAACAGCAGGAACAGACCUGCCACCAGCUUCCCAAAGUGCUGCCCCACAACUGAAGAAGACAUCUCUUAUGCCCACCCUAUGCUAAAUAAGAUAUCUAUUCUUUCUGAAUCAACCCCUGUGCUCUGUGCUUUAUGUACAGUUACGAUAAAAAAGCUCAUGUUAAUGUUUACCAAGUCAGAGUUGACGAGAGACCUCAUUAACAUAAUAAAGACAUAAUUAAAAAAAACUGAAGUACUGAUAGUAAUAUUAGAUAUAUGUUUACACCCGACAAUAGAUUGGCAAACACAGAAUCUCAAAAACAAAGUAUUUUCUUUGACACAUCAGCUUCCUAAAGAUUUAGAAUUUAGUUAUAUCUUAAAAUGUAAUUUAAUUGUGUUGAAUUAUAUUUGAUUUUGGAGAAUUGUAGCAUUAAACAAUAUUUAAAGUACACUUCCAUGCCUGCUUUUUAGUAGAAUAAUGUGAAACAGCAGAAAGGUGAGAUCUGCAGUGAGUGUACUAAAUAACACAGCAUUUUACAGCCAACAACACCACUUGUGAUG